AUGUUCAGUAAAAUUUCUUUUUUCUUUUUUUUUUUUUGUUAUAUAUAUAUUUUUUAUUUAACAAAUGAAUUAAGUUUAAAAAAAACAUACUUUAUUAACCUAAACAACAAAAUAGACAUAUGGAAGAAAGAUAUCUUAAGAAUUUACAAAAAAAAUGCUGUGAAUAAAAAAAAAAAGAACAUUAAGAAUUUGAUGAGGAGAUAUAACAGUUUAAAAAAUAAUAUUUUGAGAGAGAAAGAAAAUGAAAUAAUUGAAAUGAAUGGUAUAGUUGAUGAAUGUUUAGCGAACACCAACUUUAUAGUAAAAAUCCCAAAUGGUCAAAAAUUCUUAUGCUUUAUUUCCGGAAAGUUACGAAUAAAUAAAGUAAGAAUUAACUUAGGUGAUCAGGUUAAAAUUCAAAUUCAUAAAUUAGAUUUUGAAAAGCGCAGAGGAAGAAUAGUUUUUAGAUAUUUACAGGUUCAAAAAAAAAAAAAAAAAUAA